AUUAUAGCUACGCUAAAUCGUAAUUCAAGGAACGAUAUUAAAGGAUAUCUUGGUGUAAAUAAUCGUCGUCUUAUAGAAGAAGAUGAUUACAAAAAAUUGAUUUUACCUUCAAACGAUGCUUACAAUUAUCUAAGAGAAAAAUAUUCGAGGAGCACUUCUUGCAUUUAUGAAUUAGAUUUAUAUGCGCAUCCUCUUUGUCGAUGGCUUCUUUUUAACAAAAUAGAAUUUUCAAUAAAUGAUCCUAGUUCCGAUUUUAUAUUCAAGACAGUAGUCGGGUUUUUAGAAUUUAAACAAAAAUUUAAAGAAAAUUUUGAAAUAUUUAAGAAUAUUUGCAUUAAUUAUAUAUCCGAUGAAGAACAUGAUCGGAAUUUGGAAGAAGAAUGA